CAACAACAACAACAACAACAACAACAACAGCAGCAGCAGCAGCAGCAACAACAACAGCAGCAGCAACAGCAACAACAACAGCUGCAGCAUCAACAACAGAUGCAGCAACAAACUCAACAGCAUCACAUGACCCCUCAGGAGCAACAGCAUCAUAGUAUCCACCAUCAGAUGCAGUCGCAGCACGUGAACAGCAACGCUGGUGCGAAUGGUGACUACCAUACCGCAGAAGAUCGCGUGAGGGACGAAAACGCAGAGAAGCUCCAAGAGAAACAGACGGACCAAUAUUUAAGCCAGACGGGCAUCAUCUCGAUGUCACAGUCGAACGAAUCUCUGACCGGUAAUUUUUUAUUGCAUAGCCACCACCCUCGGGUCGAUAGUUUGCCCGACGGUGGUGGCUUAUGGGAGUGGUCAGGGGGCGGUAACGCUUUGAGCAACGGUAACGCGAUGCAGGAGACCGGCAGUGGGAUCGCAUCCAUCGAGAGUUUGAUCAAGUACGGCGAGGAGAAGACCGGCCUCGCCACGAAAACCUGCGAGAAACCUGUGACACGCGAUGGAGACACGGGACGAGAGGAGCUGUGGAGGAGUAGUACGGAAAAGAACGACGACAAUCAGACCGACGACAAGUACUUUCAGAGAGAGUUGUCGCGAGGGGAGCAGACCGAUGAGGGUAGUUUCGCGGAGCGACCGAAGAAGUUAGAAAGCGAGAAAAUCGAGGGGACGACGGCGACGGGUCUCGGCUACCAGGAAGUCACCAAGGCGUCGUUGGGUAGCGAAGAGGAUCAUCAUCCCACGUAUGUGGAGAAUACCGCGGAAAAGGCUGCGUCAACGACAGACGCGAACUGUGACUCCUUGCAGACCAUCAAGCAAGAGAACUUAGGGGACUACGGUUGUUCGGGUUCAGAGUGUGCCCCGUCGCCAACAGUUUCAUCAAAGAGCGACGGUUAUCAAGCUAGAGAGAUCAAGACAGAGCCAGAUCAGAGAUCGCAGGACGCCAGCGACUACAAGUUCCGCGGAGACGGCGGUCCGGCGAAAGUGUCGCCGGGCGUCGGUUCCUGGUGCUGUCGCAGGGGCGGCACCGAGCAACCGACACCCGAGCACUUGCGCGAGGGCUGUUGCCAGGGUCUGCAGACGCGGGACGAGAUUCUCGCUGACUCGCCAGGGAAGCCGGAGAAGAACGAGGGACCUCAGAGCCCGCGUGCCGUGCCGGCCACCACGAAACUGCAAGAUCACUUGGACAAACUGAAGAACAAUGUGAGGACCGAAGUACCGGACUGCAACUGCUUCCCAGCCGACAAAUGUGAGUUGCCAUUGCGUAUUCAGCACGACACUAACAUUGAGAGAACACACUAA